UUUUGCCUAUUUUUUAAAAAAUUUUAAAAAAUUUUUUAUGCCUGAAUUAGGUAUAAAGGGUUGGGAAUAUGUACAGACACUUGGGGAAGGCUCUUUUGGAGAAGUUAAGUUAAUCAUUAAAAAAGAAGGUAAUGAAGCUGCUGCUGUUAAAAUUAUCAACGUUGAUAAGAUGAAAAAGGCAGGUGAGGAUAUUCGAAAAGAAAUAUGCAUACAUCGAAUGCUAAAGGAACAUGAAUCAGUUAUUCAAUUUUAUGGCCAUCGAUAUGAAGAAAAUUUAAGGACUCAUUAUAUAUUCUUGGAAUAUGCAGGAGGAGGGGAACUUUUUGAUAGAAUUGAACCUGAUGUUGGCACAGAGCACAUGCUGGCUCAAAAAUAUUUCAGGCAAAUAAUUCUCGGGGUUGAAUAUCUCCAUUCAAUAGGUGUUGCUCAUCGAGAUCUUAAACCUGAAAAUAUACUCCUAGAUUUAAAUGAUCACAUAAAGAUAGCUGAUUUUGGUUUAGCAACACUUUUUUGUUAUAAAGAUACUGAAAGAUUAUUAGAUAAAAAAUGUGGGACAUUGCCAUAUGUUGCACCUGAGGUAAUGACUAAAAAUAAAUAUAAAGCUCAACCAGCUGAUUUGUGGUCAUGUGGAAUUAUACUUGUUGCUCUUCUCAGUGGAGAAUUACCUUGGGACCAAGCAUCUUAUGAAUACUCAGAAUACAAGGAUUGGUGUAAAAAUGAUUAUGUGAAAUCACCCUGGAAUAAAGUUGAUAAUUUACCAUUAUCUUUAUUAAAGCAAAUGUUAUUAGAAGAUCCAGAACUCCGAUACAAAAUAAAGGACAUCAGAAAACAUAGGUGGUUUAGGGUGACUGUAUCCUUCCGAGGUAAAAAAUCAAGACAAAAAUCGUUCACGGACUCAUUAAAUAUGCCCUAUUACAGUUCAAGCAAUCUCAAUUUUUCUCAACCCAACUUUAACACAAAUCACGCAAAUUUUGGCAACUACAAUAAGCGAUUUAAACAACAUAAUCAAGAAGAUGAGGUUGAUUCUUAUAAUUCAACGAUAAUAGAAGAAGAUGAUAAUUCUAUCUUGAUUUCCCAGGAGAAUGAUUUCGCGAAUGUAUAUUGUUUUUCACAGCCCAAUAAAAUGGAACAAAUGUUGCUGAGUAGUCAAGUUUGUUAUUCUCAAACCUCUGUCAAUACUCAGCAGCACAACCCAUUGCAUCGUUUUGUUAAACGUAUGACUCGUUUUGUUACAAAAUUAGAUUUGAAAAAUACCAUAAAAGAAAUAAGCAAAAUUUUACAAGACAUGGAUCUCACUUACAAAAUUAAUUCCCUUGGAGAGCUCGUGGUAUCCACCAUCGAUAAACGCAAAUCACAACUGAUAUUCAUCGCGACAUUUGUUCCCAUGAAGGAUAAUAUUUUAGUCGAUUUCAGACUUAGCCGAGGUGACGGUUUAGAAUUUAAGAAGAGUUUUAUGAAAUUGAAAUCAAAAUUAUCUCAUAUAAUCAUGAAUCCACCUUUUAUUUUGAAAUAUUACAAUGAAAAUGACUAUACAUUGGAAAAUACGCCUCAUAUUCAUCCUAUAAACCCACAUGAAUAUCAAAUUGAAAAUGCUAUAAGCUCGAUGAAAAGAAAAGCCUAUGAAACAAAUCAAAAUACUUGCCAAAUAUACGCAGAAGAAAUGUCUAAAUUAUCUCCCGAAUCCAGAAAAAGACUUCCGAAUGAAGAUAGUAUUAAGAGGACACUUAGAAAUCACAAAAUAAAAAGGAAGAUUCAAGAAUUGGGGUUAGAAUCAUCAUAUCGGAAUGAUCCAACGUUAUGUUUAUUUGCAGCUAUGAUCAAUGGAUUAGCAUUCUUACCUAUACACGAUGUCAAACGAGGUAUGGAGUAUUUAAAAACCAUUUUAUCGGAUAAAAACAAAGAAUUAUUGAUUUAUUUUGAUAAAAAUUAUGUGAAUGGAGAGUUGAGAUAUGGGAGAAACUCUCAAAGGCAAGUAGAGCCAUUGUUCCCACCUGAAACAUGGAAUGUGUUCAACGUUACUAUUGCUGGGGAAAAUCGAACAAACAAUGUAUGUGAAGGAUGGAAUAAUCGAUUUCAGCAUAUUAUAGGCCACAAAAAACCUAAGAUAUGGGAACUAAUCGAAAAAAUGAGGAUGGAAACGUCGACAUGGGCAAAAUCGGUCAAUGGAAGAUCCCGAAUCCCCACGGAUUCCAUAUCAUCAUCGACAGUACGUUACAAUCUUAGAAAUGUUUUACAAUGGAUGAUAGAAGUGAAUUCUAGCUUACCAAUUAAUCAAAAAAUUUGUAGCUCUUGCCGGAAAAAAUUAAAAAAAUAUUCAACAAAUCUGAUCUCACCUUUUACUUCUACGAUCCCGAUCACAUUACCUUCUAUUUCUAACUUACCUUCUACCUCAACUAUUAAUGAAACAUUUAGCGAUUUUGAACAUGAUCAACCAUGCAAUAAUCCCGACUCUUAUACAGAUUUUAAUACUUCAAUUUCAACUUUAAAUAAAACUUUGCCAUUUUUAGGGGAGACACCUAUUAAAAAGAAAAGGUUAAAUGAAAAAAAAUAUCCUGUAAAUAAAUUUUUGAAAAUUCAGGGAAAAAUCAAAAAAGUUUUUAAAAUAAAUCUAGAGGAUCAAGCAAAAAAAGAUGAAGCCGAAAUCAUAAAUCAACUGAAAGAAAAAUUUGCUACAAGUUCUCGCAAUGAAAAAAUACAAAUUUUAACAGUUUUACCAAAAUCUUGGACUCUUGAUAAAAUUGAAAAGGAAUUUUCAACCACAAAUUUUAUGGCCCGGACAGCUAAACAAUUAGUUGAAGAAAAGGAUGUUUUGUCAAACCCAAAUAUCAUAAAACCAAGUAGAAUAAUUUCGGAUGACAUUGCAAAUAAAGUAAUAGAAUUUUAUAAUUCUGACGAAAACAGCAGACUUAUGCCAGGUAUGAAUAAUUUUAUAUCAAUGAAAGUUAAUGGAAAAAGGAACCAAGUACAAAAGAGAUUAGUUUUGUGUAAUAUAAAAGAAUUAUUUACCAAUUUUAAAGAAAUAAACAGUAAUAUAAAGAUAGGUUUCAGCAAGUUUGCUAUCAUGAGACCAAAUAACUGUAUUUUAGCAGGCAGGUCUGGAACGCAUACAAUGUGCAUCUGUACAAUUCAUCAAAAUUUUAAAUUAAUUAUAAUUGGGGGUAAAUUAAAUCAGUUAACUGCAAACCAGCAUAACUAUCCAUUUCCUCCCUUAAAAGAUUAUAAACAUUACAUUGCACAAAGUCUAUGCAAUCCAGCCCAACCUUGCUGUUACUUAAAGAAAUGCCAAAUGUGUCCCGGCACUUUGGAACUUAAAGAAAGAUUACAUUUAUUGUUUGAUAAUGCCAUAGAUUAUAUAACAUUUAAACAAUGGUUGGCGGCAGACCAUACCACCCUCGAAACGUUAACUAAGUCCGCCAGCGAAUUUAUGGAGUAUUUGAUUGAAAAAUUAAAUAUUUUAAUUCCUCAUGCAUUUAUCGGAACAAUCUUCAUUUUUUAA